CAAAUCCUUGAACCAAAUCAAAUGUUUUGUAUUAUAUCAUAGAUAUACCAACCAAUAUAUAUAUAUAUUAUUAUAUAUCUAUGAUUAUAUCAAGAGCGUAUAAAGAAGGAUCCAGAAUCAUGCAUCGAGUGUUCGUGUACGGUACGCUCAAGCGCGACGAACCCAACUAUUACGUGUUGCAGAAAUGCGAUUACGGACACGCAGAGUAUGUCGGCAGGGCUGUAACAUGCGACAAGUACCCGCUGGUCGUGGCAACACGUUACAACAUUCCAUUCCUGCUCAGCAAAUGCGGCACGGGGAAGAACGUCGAGGGAGAGCUGUUUGAUGUGGACGACUCCAUGCUGGCUUCGCUGGACAAGCUUGAGGGCUGCCCAUCCUGGUACUCGCGUCUCUCCAUCCCCAUCGUCCUGACGACUGACGGGCACGACAACAGGUUGGAAGUUCCUGUGAGGCAGAAUGUCCAGGUCUACUUAUUGGAGAAUUACAAGAAAGAAUUGCUAGAAAAGCAAACUUUGGAUCGCUACUCCGCCGGGCGCGCUUUAGGCGCCACCUACGUUCCGCCCAAGGACAGGCCGCAAUCCGUUGCCUACGACUACAGAUCUGAAGCGAAGGAAAUGAAAUAAUCGUAGCUUGUCGUAUGCGACGAUAGAUCGGCGGAGUGGCCCGGGGGGGGGGGGGGGGGUGAGAAGGUUUUACAUCUUUAACUUACAGCUGUUGGAGCCUCACCCUGCUACAACCGACAGCACUGCAUACAAUAAUUACACCGAAACAGCUUCAGGAGUAGUCGGGCUUGCCUCGGGCAUAACAUUUACCCUUCCUGCUGCACAUUGCAGAAUGCACGGAAGGGUUUAGGGGGAAAAGUGGCCACGUCUAUAUGGCGUAUCACACAACAAAAUUCGUUGCUGCGGACCCGCUUGUACAUUUGUUGCCAAGUCGUUCUGACGUUCGUUAUCUUUCGAUAAACGAGUUUGUUUUUUUCGCAAAUUUUUACGAUGAUGUGUGAAAAGGUUUGUAUUUUCUGUGUGUUGUAGAUAGGGUGAUGCUCACAGACUACUCUAGUAAAGGGCAGCACAAUCUGCCGUAUGACUCUGCAUGGUACGUACGUGUAGAAGAGU